AUGCUUGUGCCUGGCUUCAUCGACACGCACAUCCAUGCGCCGCAGUACUCCUACACGGGGACAGCGACUGACCUCCCCCUCAUGGACUGGCUGCAGAAGUACACGUUCCCGGCCGAGAGCAGUCUGCGAGACGUGGAGACAGCGAAGCGAGUCUACUCGUCCGUCAUCGAUCGGACGCUGAGGAAUGGAACGACUUGUGCUCUCUACUUUGCUACGAUCCACCUGCAGUCCUGCAUAGCGUUUGCUGAGCUUGCGGCCUCGCGAGGUCAGCGAGCAUACAUCGGUAAGGUCUGCAUGGACAGCCUGGCGCCGGCAGACUACAUUGAGAGCACGGAGGAGUCGCUGGAGAGCACGGAGAGGUUCAUUCAGUCCGUGCGAGGCCUGGGAAGCGAGCUUGUCCAUCCAGUGGUAACCCCGAGGUUCAUUCCCAGCUGCAGCAUGGAGCUGUUGAAUGGUCUGGGCGCGCUGGCGGACAGGUAUGACUGUCACGUGCAGUCUCACAUCUCAGAGUCGUUGGACGAGAUCGCCAUGGUGAAGUCGCGGUAUCCCCACCUCAAGUCCGACACGACCAUCUUCGACACUUGCGGACUUCUGCACGACAAGACGAUCAUGGCACACGGGGUUCACCUGGACGAUGAGGACCUGCGCACGCUGCGGCAACGGGGAACGAGCAUCUCUCACUGUCCGCUCUCCAACUUCUUCUUCGCCGAUGGAGUCUUGCCGACCGCCAAGAUCGUCGCUCUUGGGAACAAGGUCGCUCUGGGCACCGAUGUAGCUGGAGGAUACAGCCCCUCCAUGCUCAAUUCGAUGAGAAACGCCGUCAUCGCCCAUCAGGUCACCAGAAACUUCGCACCUAUCAAGAGCGACGAGCUGCUAGACUGGCGACACGCGUUUCACCUGGCAACCAUGGGAGGGGCGAAGGCUCUGGGGAUUGAAGGGCAGGUGGGAACCUUGGAGGCAGGGAAGAGCUUCGACGCUGUGCUGCUGGAUGCUGCGAGGGGGGGGAUAGACGUGUGGGAUUCGGACUCGUCCAUGCACCUCCUUGAGAAAUUAAUCAACCUCGGUUCGGAGGUGAAUGUCGCAAUGGUGUGGGUGAAAGGUCGACUAGUUCACAAGCAAGGGGAAGCAGUCUUGAUCGAUGACCCUGUACCACUGCAAGCGAUGGAGGAUACAUCCUCUGCCCCGUACACGUAUGGAGUGUGCUGA